ACCAUAAGUUAUACUUGGAGAAACUUUAAAGCCGCAUCGAUUAACGUGGCCAGCAAAGCGCAUCUUUGGGAUGCACUCAAGUGACAAAAUUAGUGGAGGAAAUGCUGACAAAAAUUGUUAGCUAUUUGUGGAGCUGUCGCAAGUCGAAUUACAAGCUUGGGCUGCCACUCAGACGAGGGCGUUGCCAAAUGCUCAGGAUCGGCGACAGUUUGAAUCCAAACCUCGUAAUGACAAGUCGCUGGCUGCUAUUCAGUUUGCUACUCUAUUUGGGUGGCCAAGAGGCCUCCUCGGGUGUAAUGGAUAAUUUCAAUGAUGGCUUGAAAAUGGCCGGACAAAUGUUUGGCAUUAAUACGGCCGCGGAUGUGGCCAAUCUGGUGGCCAAGGCCUUUGCCGGAAAAUCAAUGGCAAGUGUACCGAACCUGGUGAGCUAUGUGCAAAAGAGCUUCGGAGGUCCGCCAACAAACGACGAGGACGAAGAGCAGAAUGAGGAUCAAUCGGAGGAGCAAUCGGAAACGGAAAAUGCCCAGGAAGAGCCACCGGUUGAGAGCAGCACCAGAAGCCCUCCUCCAAUUUCCUUCGACUCGGGACAAUUGUUCACGAACAUGCUGCGAAUGGUGGGAUUUGAUACCCGCAAAAUUGGAGCUCUAGCUUUGAAUGCUCUGAUUAUGAUUGCCCAGGCGAUUGGCAGCUCCUUGAUGCAGGUAACCCGGGGCGGCGGAGGAACACCAAUAGAUGCUCAGGAAUCCGUGUUCGAACCCAGUGACCAUCGACCAAGGUCCCUGUCCAUUGGUUCUCCCAUCGAUUUCUUCCUGCAACGAACCGAUCGACAUAGCAAACGACUAAUCAAGGAUAUCAUGGAUCGGGAUCUGCCGGAUUAUAUCGUAAACAUGAUCGAGGACAAGGAGAAUCCGAAAGAGGGCAUAAAUGCUGGAUGCCUAAAGCUACUCAUGUGCAAGGGAAAACCUCUUAUUUGGGGCAUGCAGGAAUCUCUAAAGAAGCGACUGGCUGAAGAGCCCGAGGAACCCGAGGAAUCUGACAGCUACUUCAACAAGCAAAUAUUCUUUAAGUACUUGCCCAGUCUGGCGGAUUUCAGGAACCACAGUGCUAGCUGUGAAACUAAAUAUCACGAGGAUUGCCCCAAGAAUGCAACAACUGGGAGCUUCUUUUAAGAUCACUAUUCUCGUUAAAAAUAUAAAUAAUAAUUCUGUUGCAAAAAGUUUUAUAAUAAAUAAAAUCA